CAAGCGCGUAGGCGUACCUGUUGCGUGAACGCCUUUAUAAAUGGUGAUUUGACGCUAAACGUUACCGCAGCAUUCCCACGCAGCGCGAACUCGCACGAAUUCGGCGCGCGCGUUGCCGCAUCCCCUCAAACCUCAAACCAGCAAAAAAGCAGCAAAACGCUGCGCGCGAGCCGACGCAGCCGCAGCGCUGGAUUAGAAGAAGCAGAGAUGCACUAACAUGCCGUCGUCGUCGCUUCAGCUCGUGCCGACCGCCAGCGCGGACGAUCUGCGCGCCGCGGCGCCGGCCGCACGCGACGACGAGGACAGCGACGACGAGCCCGACCUCACGCACGAGUGCUUCAAACUCAUGGUCCUCGUGGGUUUAAUUGUUGCGCUCGUGCUCCUGAACAAGGAGGUCGGCGCCGCGCUCCUGACGAUGAAGAACUGGCUGCUCAAGCACAUCCCGCUCUACGCCUACUUUCUAGGCUACGUGGCCGUCCAGGGCUGUCGGCGGCUACUGCCGCCGCUGUACUACGCGAUGCCCAUCGGCCUGUUGACGAUAUUCUAUCUGGUCGCGCGGCUCGGGUGGCUGCGGGCCGGCUUCCUGUACCAGGCCUGGCAGAUGCUCGACUGCGUCUGGUUCGUGGGCAUCCGCUACGUCUACACCGACAAGGUCGCGCUCGUGCUGGACAAGAGUCGCGAGGGCAAGAAGAUUCGGAAAUAUCUCCCGAGGGACGUCGUCCGGUUGCUGCGCGUGCUGGACAGGGAGUGGAAGCGUAGGAUAUCCACCGGAGACUACUCCGUCGCGUGGCGCGUCGUGACGGUGGCAUUAUUAGGAAGUGCGUAUGGCUGCGACGAGAUGGUCACGCUCUACUUCCUCGCGACGCGCUGCGACGCGUCGCUGGCCUUCUUUGCCGUCGCUUGGCUCGCGACGCAGCUCCUGCAGCUGCCGUCGGCGCUCGUGCGGGCCUACACGGUGCAGUCCUUCGUGGGGGCGUCGGCGGCCGUGUGGAAAUCAACCAGUAGUGAGUUGGGUUAUCCUGAACGCCAUCGAGCAGACGCAGGAAUGGAGCAGAUGCAGUUACGGGGACGACGUCGCGUCGAUGGCGUUGGGCGCCCAAAAUUUGAUUUCCACGCAGGUUGGCGGAGGACGACUGGGGCAUCCUGGGCAGCGCCUUCCGGAAAGCGCCCGUCGCGUUGGUCGUCGUCUGGGUCGUGGUCGCAGUCGUGGCCACCGUCGCGGUCCACUCGGUGCACUGCAAGUUGUUGUGGGACCACGCGCCCGCAAGCCCGCGUUCCCCGCGGACGGCUCGGCGCGCGGAGCUCGUCGCGCGCCAGCGCCGAGACCUGUCGCCCUAGACGCAUGUUGUCGUGAC